AUGAUGUCCCUUCCCGACACGGACAGUGAGGAUGAGCUGCCACCCGGCUGGGAGGAGCGGGCCACCGAUGACGGCACAGUUUGCUAUGUGAACCAACAGGGCAAAACCUCACAGUGGACACACCCGCGGACAGGUCGCUCCAAGCGGAUUACGGGGGAGUUGCCCUUGGGCUGGGAGAAGUACUACGAUGAGCAGGGAAAGCGGUUCAUGUUCCUGAACAAGGAGACGCAGCAGCGAACGAAUGUGGAUCCUCGCCUGGCCUUCGCCGUGGAGGAGCCUACGCAGAAUGUGGCCCAGGUCCGCCAGAGAUUUGACUCCUGCUCCACCGCCCUGCAAGUCCUGCAUGGCAAGGAUUUGCACGGACGCACGGCCUUGAUUACGGGUGCCAAUUGCGGCAUUGGCUUCGAAACUGCCCGUUCGCUGGCUCAACAUGGUUGUGAGAUCAUCUUCGCCUGCCGAAACAGGACCUCCGCCGAGGCAGCCGUCGAAAGGAUUGCCCAGGAACGACCCGCAGCCCGUUCCCGCUGUCGAUUUGCCGCACUUGACCUCAGUUCCUUGCGAUCAGUCCAGCGAUUUGUCAGGGAAAUCAAGCAAAGCGUUAGCCACAUUGAUUAUCUCAUCCUGAACGCGGGCGUAUUUGCACUGCCCUACACAAAGACGGAGGAUGGUCUGGAAACCACAUUCCAAGUCUCGCACCUGUCCCAUUUCUACCUGACAUUGCAACUGGAGACGCUGUUUGAUUACAAAACACGGAUCGUUGUGCUGUCAUCCGAGUCGCACAGAUUUGCCAACUUGCCCGUGGAGAAUCUGGCGGUGCAUCAUCUCUCUCCGUCGCCUGAGAAAUACUGGAGCAUGAUGGCCUACAACAAUGCCAAGCUGUGCAAUGUCUUGUUCGCCCAGGAACUUGCCCAGCGCUGGAAGCAACGAGGAAUAUCUGUGUUCAGCGUGCAUCCGGGCAAUAUGGUAUCCACCGAUAUUUCGCGAAACUAUUGGUUUUACCGCCUGCUCUUCGCCAUAGUGCGUCCCUUCACCAAGUCCCUGCAACAAGCUGCUGCCACAAGUAUUUACUGCGCCACAGCCAACGAGCUGACAGGCUUGUCCGGACUGUACUUCAACAACUGCUUCUUUUGCGAGCCCAGCAAACUGUCCAAAAGCGCUUCACUGCAGCAACAACUUUGGCAACUCAGUGAGAACUUGAUUUCCGAGCUUCUGGAGGAGGAGCAGCAUUAGCUAUACGGUUGGGUAGAUUUUAAUAUAUUUAUACUUUGUAAAAAUACUUAAUAAAAGUCACAAGUGUCGAAACAGUA